AUGGGUACUGAAAAUGUACAAGAUAGAAAACAUUAUGUUCUUGUUCAUGGUGCUGGCCAUGGAGCUUGGUGUUGGUACAAGGUAAAGCCAAUGAUAGAAUCUUCUGGUCACUUGGUCACUGUAAUUGACCUUGCAGCUUCUGGAAUCAACUUGAAGAAAAUCGAAGAUGUUAAUACAAUUUCAGAGUAUUCUGAACCUUUGUUGGAGUUAAUGGCCGCAAUUCCUCCUAAUGAAAAGGUGAUUCUUGUGGGUCAUAGCCUUGGAGGAUUUAACAUAGCACUUGCCAUGGAACGAUUUCCAGAAAAAAUUGCUGUUGCUGUUUUCUUAACUGCUUUUGCUCCUGAUGUUCAACAUAAACCAUCAUAUGUCAUGGAAAAGUAUCUUGAGAGCAUCCCUACGGCUGAUUGGUUGGACACUGAAUUCUCUCAGAGUGGAAACAAAACAGCAAUAUUGUUUGGUCCCAAAUUUUUAUCUGAUAGACUCUAUCCACGCUCCUCCCCGGAGGAUCUUGAAUUGGCCGAGAGUUUAGUAAGUGGAGACGUUUCAAUUCCAUUGAAAUUUCAACUCUGGAUGAUCCAAAAUGCUGGCAUUAAUGAUGUAUUCGAGAUCAAUGGCUCAGAUCAUAUGGCUAUGAUUUCUAAGCCACAACAACUCUGUGAUUCUCUCUAUCAGAUUGCUACUAAAUACGCAUGA